AUGGGAAAAGACUACUAUAAAAUUUUGGGCAUCGCAAAAGGUGCCAGCGAUGAUGAGAUCAAGAAAGCCUAUCGAAAAAUGGCUUUGAAAUAUCAUCCGGAUAAGAAUAAGGAUGCUGGAGCGGAGAAUAAGUUCAAGGUGGGUGAAUUUGAGAUUUUCAAAGUUUUCUGUGCAAAAAGUGGGGUUCUGUGUAUCGACUAAAUGACAUUUUCAUAUUUUUUAAGCAAGUGAGUUGAAAUAUUGGGUUCUAAUGUUAUUCAUAUGAUAGAAUGGUCUAAGACGAACAGAAUGAUAUAAAUUUUGAUGACUUUAGCCGAGUCGAUCGACUAAACCUCGCUAAAUCACUUAUGGAUAAGGUAAAUUCAUCAGAAUUUAUACCAUUCUGUUCGUCUUCGACCAUUCUAUCAUAUGAAUAUCAUUAGAACCCAAUAUUUCAACUCACUUACCUAAAAAACUUGAAAAUGUCAUUUAGUCGAUGUUCAACUAUAGUGUAGAAAGAAACCCGCCGGAUCUGAAAUUUUCCAUAAAAAUUGGUUUUCCACCGAAAAAUCAAGGUUUUAUGGAAAAUUUCCAGAUUCCGCACAGGGAAAUCUAUCGCCAAUUUUUGAUUUUUUCAGUUUCCGAGAGACUUACAGCAACAUAUUUAAAACUUAAAUUGUUUUCAGGAAAUCGCCGAAGCUUACGAUGUUCUUUCGGAUUCUUCAAAAAAGACAAUCUACGACAAAUACGGAGAAGAUGGUCUGAAAGAAGGUGGACCAGGUGGUCCAGGCGGAAGUGGACACGGUGCACACUAUGAAUUCCGCGGUGAUCCAAUGAACAUCUUCUCCUCAUUCUUCGGAGGUUCCGAUCCUUUCGGCAGCGCUGGAAUGUUUGAUAUGGGUGGCGGCGGUGGUCACAACAUGUUCUUCUCACAAAUGAAUGGCGGUGGUGGCGAGGAGAUGUUUGGAAUGCACGGCGGCGGAAGACGAGGUGCGAAUCGACAAGAUCCACCGGUUAUGCACGAUUUGGCUGUUAGUUUGGAGGAUGUUUUGAAGGGUUGCACAAAGAAGAUGAAGAUUACGAGAAAAGUGAUGGCUGAUGGAAUGCAGAGAAUGGAGGAUAAGGUUUUGACUGUGACUAUUAAACAAGGUUGGAAGAGUGGAACGAAGAUUACGUUUCCGAAGGAAGGAGAUCAGAAUCCGAAUCGAACACCGGCUGAUAUUGUUUUUGUUAUCAAGGUGAGCUUGAAGCUAGCGGCAUUUUCUGGUUUUUUAAGCAAAUGAGUUGAAAUAUUGGGUUUUAAUGUUAUUCAUAUUAUAGAAUGGUCUAAGACGAACAGAAUGAUAUAAAUUUUGAUGACUUUACGCUAUCCAUAAGUGAUUUAGCGACGUUUAGUCGAUAUUUAGUCGAUAAGUCGCUAAAUCACUUAUGGUUAACGUAAAGUCAUCAAAAUUUAUAUCAUUCUGUUCGUCUUAGACCAUUCUAUCAUAUGAAUAACAUUAGAGCCCAAUAUUUCAACUCAUUUGCUUGAAAAACCUUAAAAUGUCAUUUAGUCGAUUUGAUUUCAUCUCAAAAUUCAUAUUUUCAGGACAAACCACAUCCAAAAUUCAAACGUGAAGGAUCAGACAUCCGCUACGUCGCCCGAAUCUCAUUAAAACAAGCACUUUGCGGUUUCACAUACAAUGUGCCAACCUUGGAUGGUCCAGAUUAUCCAUUCAAGUGCACUGACGUCAUCAAACCACAAACUCAUCGAAGAUUAACUGGAAAAGGAUUGCCGAAUCCAAAAUCACCAAAUGUUCGAGGCGAUUUAAUAAUUGAAUUCCAAAUCGAGUUUCCAACAAGCCUUACACCAGAAGCUCAACGACAAUUGGAAGCGAUUUUGCCAUAG